AUGGUGGCUACGGUGGCCGCCGCUGUGUCGUGGCGCGGCGCCGCCGCCUUCGCCCUGGACAAGGCGGCGCUGGGCCCGGGGCCGCCGCCGCCCGCGCUGGGGCCCGGCGACUGCGCCCAGGCGCGCAAGAACUUCACGGUGAGCCACCUCCUGGACUGGAGGUGGCGCGCCGGGCGGCUGGCGCGGCCCGCGGCCAGGGCCGGACGCGGAGGCGCGGCGCGGGAGCCGUCCGGGGGCAGCGGCAGCGAGGCGGCGCCGCAGGACGGUGAGUGUCCCAGCCCCGGGCGCGGCGGCGCCGCCAAGCGGAAGAAGAAGCAGCGGCGGAACCGCACCACGUUCAACAGCAGCCAGCUGCAGGCGCUGGAGCGCGUGUUCGAGCGCACGCACUACCCCGACGCCUUCGUGCGCGAGGAGCUUGCCCGGCGCGUCAACCUCAGCGAGGCGCGCGUCCAGGUCUGGUUUCAGAACCGCCGUGCCAAGUUCCGCCGGAAUGAGCGGGCCCUGCUGGCCAACCGCUCCGCCUCGCUGCUCAAGUCCUACAGCCAGGAGGCCGCCGUCGAGCAGCCCGUGGCUCCCCGGCCCACCGCCCUGAGUCCCGAUUAUCUCUCCUGGACAGCCUCGUCACCCUACAGCACGGUGCCGCCCUACAGCCCUGGGGGCUCCUGCCCGGCGACCCCCGGAGUCAACAUGGCCAACAGCAUCGCCAGCCUCCGUCUCAAGGCCAAGGAGUUCAGCCUUCACCACAGCCAGGUGCCCACCGUGAACUGACAGCCAGCCCACCGGCCCACCGCCCUUGCCUGACAUCAGCAGAAAAGAGGGUGGAUGCCCAGGAGGUGACUUUCUCCUGGCUGGGCUCUCCUGACCCGUCUCCAGCCUGGACUCUUGAGCCCGAGGGGCUGCUGAGGCGCCCCCAGCCCGGCACAGCCCCUCUGUCCACAGCCACCGGGGACUGCAGCCCAUGACCCUCGGAGGGGCUGGGCCUGAUGGCGGAGCAGGCGCCUGCUAAGGACCUCAUUUACUUUGUGUAUUAAAACCAAAAAGCUUUUUGUCGUUAAGAAAUAAAACCAUUUUUUAAGCCCC